GUCACCGCGUUCGUCUGCUGUGCGGAGAAUCAGACAGCUCGCUCACUAGAAGGAAGUGCAUCUGAAGUAGCCCAGGCUUUAUUUUGAUGCACAUGAGCAUUUAUCUCGUCGGAUAAAAUAACGUAAUUCCCGACAUCAGCGCAGAGGGGUUCCGCCCGGUUGUAUGCUUCUCCCCGGUACAUCUGGAGCGGUAGAGGCUGUUUUCACCGGAGCAGCGUGGGUUAAGGUGGGCCUUGCCCGGAUAUCUGUCUGACAAGCGAACCAAAACCGAUCCGGUACCCGCCUCAAGAUAACCAGCACAGUUAGUCCUCCAGAGACUACACUUGGAGCCCGUUUGGACUGUAACACACACUAGCCAGAUGGCGGAUAACCUGAGCGAAGCCCUGAAGACGCUGAAGCUCUCAUCAGCAGACGGCGCUUCAGACAGUGUGGAGGGCUGCUUGGACUGCCUGCUCAAAGCUUUGGCCCACAAUAAUGUUGAGACUAGUGAAAAGAUCCAGGAGAUGGGUGUUCUUGCCAUGAUGCCCGCUCUUCUGUCUGCGCAGAACUCAUGUACACCAAAAGUAGCCAACAUCAUUGCAGAGGUGGCCAAAAAUGAAUUCAUGAGGAGCCCAUGUGUGGAAGCAGGCCUCAUUCCUCCGCUGGUUCAGCUGCUAAACUGUAAGGACCAGGAAAUACUGCUCCAGACGGGACGGGCCCUCGGCAACAUCUGCUACGACAGCCAUGAGGGCAGAAGUGCAGUUGACGCAGCGGGUGGUGCUCAGAUAGUUGCCGAGCACAUUAAGUCUCUGGCCGAAAGCACUGACCCGGCCACCGGGAAGCUCUUGACUGUCUUUUGUGGCAUGCUGAUGAACUAUAGCAAUGAUAAUGACUCGUUGCAGGCUCAGCUGAUCAGCAUGGGUGUGAUCCCAACACUGGUCAGACUGCUGGGAGUUCAUUCUCAAAACACAGCGCUUACCGAGAUGUGCCUCAUUGCCUUUGGCAACCUGGCAGAGCUUGAGUCCAGUAAGGAGCAGUUCGCAUCUACGAAUAUUGCGGAGGAGCUGGUUCGGCUCUUCCGUAAGCAGGUGGAGCAUGAGAAGAAGGAGAUGAUAUUCGAGGUGUUGGCACCACUUGCUGAGAACGAUGUGAUCAAGCUUCAGCUGGUGGAUGCUGGUCUGGUGGAGUGUCUGCUGGAGGUCGUGGCUCAGACGGUGGACAGCGACAGGGAGGAGGACGUGGCUCAGCUCAAGACGGCCUCGGACCUCAUGGUCCUUCUGCUGUUGGGAGAUGAGUCGAUGCAGAAGCUGUUUGAAGGGGGUAAAGGCAGUGUGUUUCAGAGGGUCCUUUCAUGGGUGCCCUCCAACAACCACCAGCUCCAGCUAGCAGGAGCGCUCGCCAUCGCUAACUUUGCCCGUAAUGAUGGGAACUGCAUCCACAUGGUAGACACUGGUAUCGUACAGAAGCUUCUUGAGCUGUUAGACAGACAUGUUGAAGAGGGGAACGUGACGGUGCAGCAUGCUGCCCUCAGCGCUCUGAGGAACCUCGCCAUCCCGGUGGUCAACAAAUCUAAGAUGCUCUUGGCUGGUGUGUCAGAUGUAGUGCUGAAGUUCCUCAAAUCCGAGAUGCCUCCGGUCCAGUUCAAGCUUCUGGGAACAUUACGGAUGCUCAUCGACACACAGGCUGACGCAGCAGAGCAGCUGGGGACAAACACAAAGCUGGUGGAGCGUUUGGUGGAGUGGUGUGAAGCGAAGGAUCACGCCGGAGUGAUGGGAGAAUCCAACCGCCUGCUGUCCGCUCUCAUCCGACACAGCAAGUCAAAGGAUGUGGUCCGAACAGUCAUACAAGGUGGAGGUGUUAAGCACUUGGUAACCAUGGCGACGAGUGAACACAUGAUCAUGCAGAAUGAAGCGCUGGUGGCCUUGGGUCUCAUAGCGGCACUAGACCUGGAUUGCGCAGAGAAGGACUUUGUCGGCGCUAAUCUGGUGCAGGUUUUACACAAACUACUGACAGAUGAGCACAGUGCACCGGAGAUCAAAUACAACUCCAUGAUCCUCAUCUGCUCCAUCAUGGGAUCAGAGCCGCUUCAUAAAGAAGUGCAGAGCUUGGCCUUCAUCGACGUGGUCUCCAAUCUGCGCUCACAUGAGAACAAGACGGUGGCGCACCAGGCCUCUCUCACAGAGCAAAGGUUAACGGCACAGAGCUAAAGGACUCUUCCGCAGCAUCUCCUCCCUGCCUGCUUCCCCUCACACACAUAUCUCUCGUUGUCAUGUGCCAAGCUGUUGUUCCCUCCGCAUUCCCUGCUACAGACUCUCAAAGCCCUCUGUUUGCUCCUCGCAAGCAGAGACGCGCUACCCAAAGGCGGCCAUACUUUGUAGACAGCCUUCUGCAAUAGAUUCAUACCUGAACAGCAAAAUAUUUUUAAAAGACCAUAGCUGUGAUUUAAGGAAAACAAAAAACGUGAAAUUCACCUAUUAAAGCUGAAAUAAAAAUAGAAGAUGAAUGUUGGCAGUGGAAAUAGCGCAGUUGUGCUUUCAUGACAUGUAAAAUCACACAUACCAACCGACUUGUGCAUGUUUUUUUUAAAUCGUCCGGUUUGUUGAUGUAUCUGUGUUCAGCUAUUCAAGCCACACCCAUAUGAUAUGCCCCGCCCCCUCUCCUUCUGCUUACUAAUUUACAUAGAAGAGUAGAGAUCAAACGUGUUUGUACUGUAUAGGGCACCUCUGGACCAGCAUGGACCUUUUCAUAUUUUGCCUCCUGGUCCUUGUGCCACCCAUGAUCCAUAUCUACUGGAAAGAGCUAAUUCCAUAUCGUUAAUCUGUUGCAUUUACAAAAAUCGAUGAUUAUUGUCAUAUGGAUGUGUGAAGAAAUAAUAUAUCUUGAUACUGAGGACUGAAACUGUUGUACGUGCUGCCCUCGGAUUUUUAUGAUUUCAGGACCUCAUCAAAAGAAGCGACGUCAUUAUAUUGUAGUAUCAGUAACUUGAAAGGUUAGUUCACCCAAAAAUGCAGUUUUCCAAACCUUGUAUGCAGUUUUUUCUUCUGUAGGAACACAAAAUACGAUAUUUUGAAGAUUACUGGUAGUCAAACAGUUUCAGGUCCCAUUGACUUCCAUAGUGUUUUUUCAUUGGCACCUUAAACCAUUAGGUUACCAGCAUAUUUCAAAAUAUCUUCUUUUGUGUUCCAGCGAAGAAAGAAGUACCUUUGUUCUGUAGAAGAUAUUUUAAAGAAUUUUGGUAAACAAACUGUAUUAGGUCCCAAUGAUUUCCAUAGUAUUUUUUCUUUGUCCAUACCAUGGAAUUCAGGGGGAGCUGAAACCAUUUAGAUACCAGCGUUUUUCAAAAUCUUUGUUUGUGUUCCGCAAAAAAAAGGAAGAAUUUGUGGUUACAAAUCCAUAGUAUGGAAGUCAAGGGGUCCUGAAACAGGACCUUUUACAUUCCACACAGUAAGGGAAUUCCAACAUUCUAUUGAUGAAUGUUGGUAACCAGUUUUGGGUCCCACUGACUUACAUGGUAUUUUUACAAUGGAAGUCAGUGGGACCUGAAAGUAUUUGGUUACCAACAUUCUUCGAAAUAUAUUAUUUUGUGUUCCAGAGAAGAAAGAAAUUCCAACAUUCUGUAGAAGAUAUUUUGAAGAAUUUUUGGUUACAAAUUCAUACUGUGGAAGUCAAUGGGAAAUAUUUUUCAGAAUAUUUUGUGUUUUAGAGAAGAAAUUCCAGCAUUCUGUAGAAAGUAUUUUAAAGAAUUUUGGUAACCAAACAGUUUCGGUUCCCCUUUGAUUUCCAUAGUUAUUUUUCUGUCCAUAAUAUGGAACUCAGUCAGACUGAGACCAUUUGGAUACCAACAUUCUUUAAAAUUAUCUUCUUUUGUGUUCCACAGAAGAGAGGAAUUCCAACAUUCUAUUGAUGAAUGUUGCCAAACAUUUUUUGGUUUCCCUGAUUUCCAUGGCAGUUUUUGCUAUGGAUGUCAGUGGGACCUGAAACUAUUUGGUUACCAACAUUUUUCAAAACAUCUUCUUUUGUGUUCCACAGAAGAAGUGCCAAUAUUCUGUAGGGAGAGUUUAAGAGUUUGGGGUCCCAUUGACGUCCAUAGAAGUUUUUGGUCAAUACUAUGUAAGUCAGUGGGACCCAAAACCUUUUGGUGGCCAUAAUUCUUCAAAAUAUCUUCUUUUGUGUUCCGCAAAAGAAAGGACUACCAUAAUUUUAUAGAAGAUACUUUGAUGAAUGUUGGUAACCAAACAGUUUAUUUAUUGACUAUCUACAGACUAUUUAUUGCUAUGAAAGUUAGUGAGACCUUAAACUAUUUGGUUUAGAAAUCUUCAGAAUAUCUUAUUUUGUGUUCCACAAAAGAAAGAAAUGCCUACAUUCUGUGGAAGGUAUUUUGCAGAUGUUGGUAACCGAAGAGUUUUGGCUACAAUUGACCUCCAUGCAAAUUAUUUUUUGUCCAUAUUAUGGAGGUCAAUGGGACCCAAAACCGUUUGGUUACCAGCAUUCUUCAAAAUAUCUUCGUUUGUGUUCAACAGAAGAAAGAAAUACCUUUUUUUCAGAAGAUACUUUGACGAAUGUUGGUAACCAAAGAGUUUUAGGUUCCAAACUAAAAAAAUGUCUGCAUUCUAUAGAAGGUAUUUUGAAGAAUAUUGGUAACCGAAGAGUUUUGGGUACCAUUGAAUUCCAUAGAAUUUCAGUUUUUUUUUUUGUCCAUACUAUAGAAGUCAAUGGGACCCAAAACCAUUUGGUCACCAGCAUUCUUUAAAAUAUCUUGUGUUCCACAGAAGAAAGGAAUACCAACAUUCUAUAGAAGAUACUGUUCCACUGAUUUCCAUGCUAUUUUUUUAUCCAUGCUAUGAAAAUGAAAGGAACCUAGAACUUUUGACAAAUGUUGUUAACCAAAUAGUUUCAUGUCCCAUUGAUUUCCAUUGUGUUUUUUGGCCAUACUAUGGAAGUCAAUGGGAAUGUUGUUUGUCAAUGUUCUUCAAAAUACCUUUCGUGUUCCAGAGAAGAAAAGCAAUGCAUCCAGGUUUGGAACCACAUUAGAAAGAUGAAAUCAUUCUGGGUAAACUCACAUUGUGAAAACACACGUUCCCGAUCAGGAAAUGACUAGCAUGACUGCCAGUAUGCCAUUAGCACACACAUACGGUAGGCUCAUGGCUGAUUACUGAGACAUGUAAGGGCUGGGAAGGGUUUUGCGUGUGGCUGAAACCGCCACAGUUACGCUGAGCAAGCUAACCGGAUAAUAAUAAUAAUAAUAAUAAUGUCUCAGAUGACACGCACUCGUUGUGAAUGUUUCUUCUGAGGAAGUGUCUUUUUUUGCAUGUGGAGCUGCCUGUCCUCCUUUCCAUCCUCUCCAGUAUCCUCUGAACAUGCACCUCCUUGCAUGUCUGAUACUGUGAAAAUCACUGUUAUGUGGUCAUUUUCUGUCAGGUAAAUAAGUUCUUAUUUAUCAUGUUUGUACCCUCGAGGAACCACAUGGCAAUCCAAUAUAUCUACAGUAGGAACCGUACAAAUAUAAACGGAAAUAAUUGUUGUAAAUGUCAUUGAUGAACUGUACAUUUCAAAGAUUUAAACUUAUUAAAACAAUUGCUGGUGACAAGUUUA